GAUGUCACUGUUUUCGUUAGUAGGGUCGAGACAGGGAUAAAAGUGAAAUUUAGUGCAACUACGAAAAUUGUUUUGAUGUACGAAAAAACAAUAAACUGCCUUCGUCUACUUUUAUUUAUUCACUAUAUGUGAUUUUUUGGGAAGUGUAUUUUGUUUCUAAUCAGUUUACGAAAUCGUAAACAUUCUAAAAUACUCCAUAACUCCGGAAUAAGGGCUGCUGCAGCAAAACGCAGCAGCAGCUUAGCGGGAUUGAUUAGUUAAUGCUAAAGGAGGCUGUUUGGAUGAGAGGCGAUAUCAUUGUGUUGAAAUGGUGGCAAUUAAUAAGCAAAAUAAUUAAGUGUGAGGCGUUUAGCCCUAAUCUUUGGCGAAUAAAUCUAAGGCAGCUUAAUUAACAAGAGGCGAUUCGGGAACGGCCUUGCCCCGCCCUAUAUACACAAGAUGGGUGGUGACGCAGCGAUUCGUCGCAGCGCUACGCUAGCAUCAACGCAUAAUGAAAUGGGUACAAUGGCACACUUGAUGGAAGGACAACGUGACUCUGAGCCGUACAGUACAAGUAGGCAGGGUAAUGGACUUGCGGCGUCAAGGUUUGCUUGCCUUCGUUGUUGUGGAAAAUUAAUUUCAUACCUUGUACGUUUACGCAACACACCUGAAGAGUUGGAACAAAGGUAUAAAUCUCGAGAGAUCGACAAAUUUUUGGAAAAAGAAAAGCACACGUUCCGCCGACAGGUAAAGCUUUUGCUGCUGGGCGCAGGUGAAUCAGGAAAAUCGACUUUCCUCAAACAAAUGCGUAUAAUACACGGUAUUAAUUUUGAACCCGAACUAAUCCGCGAAUACCAAUAUGUGAUAUAUCAAAACGUACUUCGAGGAAUGCAAGUAUUGAUUGACGCACGUCAAAAAUUGGAAAUCCCUUGGGAAAACAACGAAAGAGAAAACGACUCAAAUUACGCCAAAUUAAUUGAAUGUAGUAAUAUAGAAAUCGAAAAUUUUAUACAGUGGUCUCCUUACAUUCGGCGACUGUGGCAAGAUCGAGGCAUAAGGCGUGCCUAUGAACGGAGAAGAGAAUUUCAAAUUAGUGAUUCUGUCAGUUACUUUCUUAAUGAUAUUGACCGCCUUGCUACAUAUGACUAUGUGCCAACCCACAAAGAUAUUUUGCAUUGUCGAAAAGCCACCAAAGGGGUUUAUGAAUUUUGUGUAAAAAUACAAAACAUUCCAUUUGUGUUUGUUGAUGUUGGUGGUCAGCGUACUCAACGACAAAAGUGGACAAAAUGUUUUGAUACGUCUGUAACAUCGAUCAUUUUCUUAGUAUCCAGUUCAGAGUUUGAUCAAGUCCUCGCUGAAGAUAGAAAAACCAACCGGUUGGAGGAAUCGAAAAACAUAUUCGACACGAUCGUGAAUAAUAAUACGUUUAAGGGAAUAUCAAUAAUAUUAUUUCUAAACAAAACUGAUUUGCUUGAGCAAAAAGUACGCAAUCCAGAGACUGAUAUCCGCUGGUAUUAUCCCCAAUUCAGCGGGAACCCACAUUCACUGCUCGAUGUGCAAAAUUUUACUUUGCAAAUGUUUAUGAGUGUGCACAAAAGUCCACAAAGCCGCAUCUAUCACCACUUCACCACUGCCAUAGACACACGAAAUAUGAAGGUUGUAUUUAAUUCAGUCAAAGAUACAAUAUUACAAAGAAACUUGAAUGCAUUGAUGUUACAAUGAAAAUGAGCAGUUAGUUGAGUGUACUAAUAUCCCUCAUGUUAUCGGCAUAUUACAUCAUCACAAUUGAGGGAGAUUUCAGCAUUAUAUGCCGAAAAUAACGUUAAACUCGAAAUGCAUAUAUGCACAUAAUUUGCAUAUACAUAUUUAUUUGUUGCAUUGGUGUUAAAUCAAAAUAACUCAAAAAUCCUUUUCAAGUGCAUUUUUCAAGAAGUGUCACUUGAAAGGGCUAAUAUACAUACAUAUAUGCAUAUAUCAGUGUAAAAAUUUUUAAUGUACAUAUUUAAAUUGUUUUGAAUAUUUAUACGUUUAUACUUACCGUAUAUAAGAAUCGAAAUGUAUUCAUAAAAUUUAUAAAUAUCGCUGUAUUUAUAUACUAUAUUUAUAAUUUAAUUAUAUUUUUGCAUAAUGUAUAAAUGAUAUCAUAUUUGUUAACAUUGAAGUGGACGAUAUUAUUGAAGAAUAGCAGAAUAGCACAAAAUAUCAGUAUAAAGCAUAAGCAAUAAAUGCGUACUAUAUCGCAAUUUAUAUAAACAUACAUAUACAAAGUUAUAUAUACAUAUAUAAUUUUUUUGACGUAACAGAUUUUAUAAAUUUCUACUAACAUUUACGAAUAUAAAACAUAUAUUUUUAUAUAAAUAUUCAUACAGCAGAAAAGUAAUAUUAUCCACGCCUCUUUAACAAAUUAACUAUUCAACCAAGGUUUAUUGUGAUCCAUGUAUUUUAUCGCUUUACAAAUCGAUCAAAUAAAUUGUCCCUUUGAUAUUUAAAAAUAAAAUAUAUAAAACUAAGGCAUCGAAAUAUA